AAUAAAUGGCGAAUAGCUGUGAGAAUCAUCCUUCCUCUCUCGAUCUCCCAUUUAUCCAUCCGUCAACAACUUCAAUUUGAUUGUCAUUAACAGGGCAGACACAAGAAAAGAUUGAUAACAGAUAUUAUGCAAUAAUAAUGAAACUAACAUUUAAGGAAUAAUUGAAUCUAGAGCAUUCAUCGACUCGACUAUAUAGAAUACUGAAAUUUGGAGAUUUAACUGUACUAAUACCACUGCUACUACUACUACUACGAAUAUAAAAAGACUUCAUGGAAAUGUCAGAAAAAAUGUUCGAAUAAUUCACUUCAAUGUCUCAUCCAGUUCAACGUCGAUUAUAAAAUCAAGGUGUCAGCUUCAAAGUAUUAAUACGUAUACAUAUAUACAACUGAAAAUAUCACACUAUGCCUGAGAUAAAAGUUUGUUCAAAAUGUAAACAAUGCAUUAAAGAAAGUCAUUUUCUACUGGCCGAUUGUCAAUACUGGCAUGAAGAUUGUCUACGCUGUGUUUGUUGUGAUGCAAGAUUAGCAGAAUUAGACAAAAUAUUCUAUAUCAAAGCAAGGAUGUCAUUAUGUCGACGAGAUUAUCUAAGACUUUAUGGCAAAACAGGUGAAUGUUCUGUCUGUCAGAAACGUGUACAACCAUAUGAAUUUGUUAUGAAGGUGAAAAAUAGUGUCUAUCACUUGUCUUGUUUCUGUUGUCAACAUUGUCAAAUGAGGUUUUGUAUCGGAGAUCGCUUUUAUCUACAUAAUAACAUCAUACUCUGUGAACAUGACUACAUGGAGUUAUUUCCACAUCUAUUUACACAAAACAUCAGUUUGCAUUCACAUCCCACAAAAAAUGAAAUGAUCAUGGAUACCAGAUUGAAUGAUUCAUGUUUUUGUUUAAAUGAAUCACUGGUGAAUAAUCAACAUAUUGAUGAUGGCGCCAUUGUUGGUGGUGCUAAUAUUGAUGAUGGUGAUGAAGAAGAAGAAUCUGAUACAAAAUUUGGGGUUAACCUCAACUAUUCAAAAUUUAUUCCUGCAGAUAUUCAUACAUUUCCAAAAUCCAAAACACAAAAUAUCAAUGAACAUACUGUCUUAAGUAGUAGUAAUAAAUCAAUUGUCAAUAUAAAUAACCAUCGAUUACAUUUAUCAUCGAAUUCAUUCGAUUCAAAAUUUUGUGAUAUCACAGUGACAACAUCAGAUGAUCGUUCAAGUGGAUAUGGAUCGCCUAGUUCACCUGGAAAUAGUUUUCAUGAGAAAAUAUAAAUUGGUUUCAUUUUCGAGAGAGUAUAUACACACUUUACUAUGGAAUCUUUCAUUCAAAUAAAGAAUUUUAUUACAACAAUACUGUCACUAUAAUAACAAGAAACUCAGUCAAUACGUAACAAUCUCAAAGUUUAAAGACUUGUGAAUACAUUCCUCAAAUUCGACAUUCCCUAGAAUUUCUCAUCAUGAUUUCAUGUCAGUAAAUAUUCC